AUGUCGUUCUCCGGACGUCGUCUGAGCAUCCUGCGUCCCUCCAACCGGAGAUUUUCUCUGGGAAAAGAGCUGUCGGAGAACGAACUCGGUUCCGAAACACACCGUCAAUUCCGAAGCGCCCACGAAGGUCACCGUCCCCACGCGGGUCUCGAUGCCUCCCGUGCCUCGACGGGUGUGGUUUGGUGUACUGAGCGCGCCGUAGAGCACGGAUACGCUGAAGACCCUUCAUCCUGGGCGAACCUGGGUCAGGGUGCCCCCGAAGCCGACGAUGAGAUCGAAGGCAGCUUUCCCCGGCCAACCACCAUCCCCAUCACGUCUGCUGCCCGUGAGUACGGUCCCACCGCCGGUAUCAAGCCGCUUCGUGCGGCCGUUGCCAAACUAUACAAUGAGCAUUACCGUCAGGGGAAGGAGAGCCAGUAUACCUGGGAGAAUGUCUGCAUCGUGCCCGGUGGCCGAGCAGGUCUGAUCCGGAUUGCCGCGAUCCUGGGCAAUUCGUACCUGUCCUUCCCUAUCCCUGAUUACUCUGCGUACUCAGAGAUGCUGACGCUGUUUAAGAAUAUCGCUCCCAUUCCCAUCCCCCUCGCUGAAGACGACCACUACCAUAUCCACCCCAAUAAGAUCGCCGAGGAGAUUGCUCGUGGAACUUCCGUCCUUCUGACCUCGAACCCCCGGAAUCCCACGGGACACUUUGUUUCCGAUAAGGAGCUCGCUCAGAUUCAGGACAUCUGCAGAGACCGUGCCACAUUGAUCCUGGACGAGUUCUACGGAGGUUACAACUACACCACCGACUGCGAUGGUUCGACGAUCAGUGGUGCCACCAAUGUCGUUGAUGUCAAUCAAGAUGAUGUUCUUUUGAUCGACGGUCUCACCAAACGUUUCCGUCUUCCUGGCUGGCGUAUCGCCUGGAUUGUGGGACCCAAGGAGUUCGUUGAUGCCCUCGGCUCUGCCGGCUCUUACCUCGAUGGUGGCGCGAACGUGCCCUUCCAGGAGGCCGCCAUUCCAAUGCUCGAACCAUCUCUCGUGCGCCAGGAGAUGAAAGCACUGCAGGUCCACUUCAGAGAAAAGCGAGACUAUGUCCUGAAGCGUCUGCAUGACAUUGGUUUCCGUGUCAAGGAUGUGCCUCAGGCCACCUUCUACAUCUGGCUCGAUCUGACCUCCCUUGAGCCCCCUCUUCCCAAAAAGGCCAAUAUCUCCGACGGGCUGAACUUCUUCAACGCCCUUCUGACCGAGAAGGUCAUUGUGGUGCCUGGUAUCUUCUUCGAUCUGAACCCUGCCAAGAGAAGAGAUCUGUUCGAUAGUCCCUGCCACCACUUUGUUCGUCUGAGUUAUGGUCCCAAGAUGGAUGUCCUCGAGAAGGGUCUGGAUGGCAUCGAGAGAGUGAUCCGUCGUGCUCGAGGAGAACAAGUCCCGCCUCUGGCCAAUGGCAUUGAUCCACAGUGGGAAGACGAAGUUGCCGUGUCGGAUUAG